UCGGCGGCGACGACGGCGGCAGCGGUUCGAAUCGCAGUGGUAUUCCUUUUGACAAUGGGCUCCCGCUUGUUAUCGCGGAGGGUCACUUAUCUUCGCUGACCGCGCGUGUCGCCGGUACAGGAGAAGGGCGUGGUGCUCACGUACGACGUAGUAAACCGCAGGUGACCGUCUGCGACGUGCACGUCGUCCAUCGGUGGUGACGAGCCCCGAGACCGUAGCGUGGCCGACGAAACAUGGCAGCUAAGAUACAACCCCCGUUCGAGCCACCGAGCUCGGCGAGCUCCGAGAGCGACGACGGCGACGUGUGCCUCGACGACCGCGAGGUCUUUCUCGCCGAUGAGCUCUGCGAGGAUGCCGAGCACUACAGGCAUUCCGACGUCAGCACGCCGCAAUCCCCGAGGCCACCGUCCACAGGUUCACAAAAGUCACCACGAUCACGCAGGCAGCGCACUACUAGCAUGUCACAAUCGAGUAAAAAGACGUCUGCAGAAUCUAUCCUGAGAAGUAAAACGCGAACCAUUUAUACAGCUGGUAGACCUCCUUGGUAUAAUUCGGCUGGUCAACAAGUAGAACCUUUUGUAAUUGGUAUUUGUGGAGGCAGUGCCUCUGGAAAAACCACAGUGGCGACAAAAAUCAUAGAAUCUCUAGAUGUACCAUGGGUGACCCUUCUUAGUAUGGAUUCCUUUUAUAAAGUAUUAAACGAAAAGCAGCACGAAAUGGCUGCGCACAACGAGUACAAUUUUGAUCAUCCUGACGCCUUCGAUUUCGAGCUUCUCAAGACUACACUACAGCGUUUGAAGGAAGGACGCAUGGUAGAAGUUCCUAUUUAUAAUUUUUUAACACAUCGUAGAGAAAGUAGAACGAAAACAAUGUAUGGUGCCAACGUCAUUAUCUUCGAGGGAAUACUGACUUUUUACAAUGUCGACGUUUUGAAGCUGUGCGAUAUGAAAGUUUUCGUCGAUACUGAUGCGGACGUCAGAUUGGCCAGACGUUUACGAAGGGAUAUUUCGCAAAGAGGCAGAGAUCUGGAGGGUGUAUUAAAACAAUAUAGUAAGCAUGUGCAGCCAGCUUUUUAUUAUUAUAUAGCGCCUCUUAUGGUUCAUGCGGAUAUCAUUGUACCGCGCGGAGGAGAAAAUGAAGUGGCGAUAGAGUUAAUCGUACAACACGUUCACACCCAACUUCAAUUGAGAGGUUUUAAAUUAAGAGAAAAAUUGGCGCAUUCGUAUAUUGGACAGCCAUUGCCUUCAUCUUUAUAUUUAUUACCGGACACGCCGCAGAUAAAGGGUCUUCAUACGUUUAUACGAAAUAAGGAGACUUAUAGAGAUGAAUUUAUUUUCUAUUCUAAGCGCUUGAUCCGCCUAGUCAUCGAAUAUGCGUUAUCUCUACUGCCUUUUGAGGAUGUAACUGUUGAGACACCACAAGGAGUGUUAUACGGCGGCAAGCGAGGGGCAACGGAUAAGAUAUGCGGCGUGUCGAUAUUGCGCGCCGGUGAAACUAUGGAGCAGGCUGUUCGAGAUGUGUGUAAAGACAUACGUAUAGGAAAAAUUCUUAUCCAGACUAAUCAGCAGACAGGCGAGCCCGAAUUGUACUAUCUCCGAUUACCAAAAGAUAUCAAAGACUACAGAGUAAUAUUGAUGGAUGCCACUGUUGCGACCGGUGCUGCCGCUAUCAUGGCAAUCAGGGUGCUUUUGGAUCACGACGUUGCCGAGGAAAAUGUGCUGCUGGCGUCACUGCUGAUGGCUGAAUCCGGCGUGCAUUCGAUCGCAUACGCCUUUCCGCGAGUGAAGAUUGUCACCUCUGCGUUGGAUCCCGAGAUAAAUGAAAAGUUCUACGUACUGCCCGGUAUUGGCAAUUUUGGCGACAGAUACUUUGGCACCGAGCCGUCUGAUGAUUAAGGUGAUUUAUAGAUCUCUAUUUAAAAUUCUUAUAUUCGCUAUGUUGUGCAAAUUGUGAUACAAAUGCAGAUAUCAAUAAUAUCUAUCAUAUCUUUAGCAAAAA